AUGUCCCUGGGGCCACUGGAAUUCCAGGCAGUGGGUGAAGAAAAUGAAGAGGAUGAGAAGGAAGAGAGCCUGGACUCUGUGAAGGCCCUGACGGCCAAGCUGCAGCUGCAGACGCGGCGACCCUCGUAUCUGGAGUGGACAGCCCGGGUCCAGAGCCAGGUGUGGCACGGGGCCCAAACCAGACCCGGGCUGGGGGGCCCCGGGACCCUCUGCGGCUUCGACUCAAUGGACUCUGCCCUUGAGUGGCUCCGCCGGGAGCUGCGGGAGAUGCAGGCUCAGGACCGGCAGCUGGCGGGGCAGUUGCUUCGGCUGCGGGCCCAGCUGCACCGGCUGAAGGUGGACCAAGCCUGUCACCUGCACCAAGAGCUGCUGGACGAGGCGGAGCUGGAGCUGGAGCUGGAGCUGGAGCCGGGGUCCGGCCUCGCCUUGGCCCCGCCGCUGCGGCACCUCGGCCUCACGCGCAUGAACAUCAGUGCCCGGCGCUUCACCCUCUGCUGA